AGGCCGGAAGUAGGCGUUGCCGGGGCCUGGCUGUGAGGCGAAGUCGGCGGUGGGGAGAGCUUCUGGACUGAGCACUUGAACAGAACUCCUUUGCCAUCAGCAUGGAAGACACUUACAUCGACUCCCUGGACCCUGAAAAGUUAUUACAGUGCCCCUAUGAUAAAAAUCACCAGAUCAGGGCCUGCAGGUUUCCUUAUCAUCUUAUCAAGUGCAGAAAGAAUCAUCCUGAUGUCGCAAACAAAUUGGCUACUUGUCCCUUCAAUGCUCGGCACCAGGUUCCCCGGGCUGAGAUCAGUCACCACAUCUCGAGCUGUGAUGACAAGAGCUGUAUUGAGCAGGAUGUGGUCAACCAAACCAGGAACCUUGGACAAGAGACUCUGACUGAGAGCACAUGGCAGUGCCCUCCUUGUGAUGAAGACUGGGAUAAAGACUUGUGGGAACAGACUAGCACCCCAUUUGUCUGGGGCACAGCCAGUUUCUGUGGCAAUAACAGCCCUGCAAAUAACAUAGUUAUGGAACAUAAGAGCAACCUUGCAUCAGGCAUGCGAGUUCCCAAGUCUUUGCCCUAUGUUCUGCCAUGGAAAAACAAUGGAAAUGCACAGUAACUGAACAUCUUUUUCAAAUGCCAGACUGUGGAAGACUCUUGCUUAUUCCUGCUACCAAGGGUUCUUCUUUUUUCUCUUUAUCUAAUUAUAGAACAGUAAACUGUCUGUGACUUUCAAA